AUUAAUAAUAGCAUACACGUACCUACAGUAAAAUAAUUAACAUAAAGUUCACAUUUUGCUAUACGUAUAUGAUUAUGCAUUAGAUUAAUAUCGUGUUUAUUUUGAUUGAUGCGGGCAUAGGCAACUCGUUUCAUGCCCAGAACUUCAUCAUUAUGUAUAGUGCUUCGCAUACGAGGACAAUUUAUUGAAUCCAUAGUAAUGCAACAUCAUAAAAUUCUGUAUAUUACUUUCUGUAUCCUACUUAUAUUACAUAAAAAAUGAAUAAACAAAACUGUUGGCAUUUUUUGGUGCCGUACUAAAAAUUAAAGAAUCUUCAAAACCUAAGCCAUACCAUUUCCCAAAUUUAGCAUAAACAACUACAAUUCGUAAAUAAUUUUCAAUGAACCGGUUUGGUGAAGGUUGGCAAAACAUUCUGAUUGUAUACUCAGAAGUGAAACAACUGCCUUUGCGGCAGAAGGUGCCACAUUUUACUGCAAUCUGUGGAUUUUAUGUAUCGCGUUCAAAACAAACGCAGUAGUGACGAUCAGAAAGUUGUGACACUAUAACCUCUGGACCUGGUAAAGGAAUUAAUCGCUAAGUUUCUUAUCCUCAUAGCUAUACUUUACAUCAAAGAUGUUUCUUACGGCUCUUUUCUUAUAUGUUAUAUUGAACAUAAUUGUGCCGACACUGUCCGAAACCGAUUUAUUAGCAUCACGAACGUAUUGUGGGCUUCAACAUAGUGACGAUUAUGUAAAAGACAACCCCGGAAUCUCCCUAGACGAAUUUCCAUGGAUUACACAAUUGUUGUAUGACGAGGAUAAGAGCGUAAAGUGUGUUGGAUCUUUGAUUAAUCGUCGUUAUGUGUUAACGGCUGCCCAAUGCAUGAACCCGAGAGAUGGAGAAAUAACAGGUAUCCGAUUAGGUGACUACGAUAUAACGUCCGAUAAAGAUUGCGUUAACGAAACACGAUUUGGUGAAGAAUGCAGUGAUCCUGCCGAAGAAUUUGGUAUUGAAGAACUCAUCCCGCAUCCAGGAUAUAGGGCUCGUACGGCUGUAAACGACAUAGGACUGAUCCGCUUGUCUAAAAAUGUGGAUUAUUCCGAGUAUAUACGUCCGAUAUGCCUUCCGGCGGCUACGAGUUUGUAUUUGAAAGACGGAGUAGCGCUGGCGGUAUCCGGCUGGGGAUUCACACAAUUUGGGGGAGAAUCGGCAAAAAUAAAAAAGAAAGUUUCGGCGCAGUUACUUCCUUUAGACACUUGUCGUGGAGUUUACAAUAAUACUAGACAACUUAUUACCACAAACCAUUUGUGCGUGUCGGAGGAUAAGACCACUUUUACUUGCCAAGGUGAUGCUGGAGGUCCUUUAAUGCUAUCCGUCAAAAAUCAGUGGGAAGGUGUUGGAGUGGUUUCAUUUGGGACAUAUUGUGGAGCCGAGUAUCCUGCUGUCUAUACAAAAGUAUCCAGCUAUCUAGAUUGGAUUAGACAGAAUGUUCGUAAAUAAUAGUUUAAGGUUAAAUGGCGUCUUUGUAUCAUAACAGUCGCGUAAACUGCUUAUAAAGUUAAUAGUAGGUAAAGAAAGUGUCAAAAACGCGCGGCAAUUUAUUCUUGAUGUGAUAGUUACACCAACCAUUUUGAUAUAUCGCAAUUUCAACAAAAUUGGCCUACCUACCCUCUUUUAAUAAUGAUUUGUUUGCAAUACCAUGGUAUCAUAUGUUUUUCAAAUUUAGACCAUAAAAUCGAUUUUGUCAAUAGUAAUAUGCUUUCUUUAUUUGCUAAGCAUGCACCUAUGUCCCCACAUAAGGGUAAGCUUGGUGAUCCCAAACCUUGGAUUACGGAAAAAGGUUAAACGUAUGAUAUCACUACGUAACUCUGAUUUUAAACGCUUCAAACGAAUCAACUCCAAUUAUUGAGCAAGAAGAAUAAUUAUAUUCCUCCAAAUUUUGCAGAUGCAGAUGAAAUUAAUAUGUAUUUUUCUUCCGCGCAACGCAGUUGCAUACCUGAUUUGGAACUCUUGGAUUACUACAGCAGUAAUAAAUUUAACCCAAAUA